CUGAAAGUCUGAAAUUUGACAUUUCCAAUUUGUAUGUGAUCAGUGAGCAAGGGGAAGUAUAGCUAUUGCAUAAGAACUAUUCUAACUAUUCUUUUUGAGUUGCUUUAAAAUGUUGAAGCCUACCAAUGUUUCCGGCUACUUCAGAACAGUAAGCCAAGUUGUAAGUAACCAGCUGAACACAGGAAAACAAAUUGCAAUCUUACCAAAGAAGACUACUGUAUAUAUCCCAUUUUCUCCAACUAUUCCUUCAGCCCUUCCUAACGGAAAUUUAAGUAUAACAUCUGGUCUGACUGUUUCCACUCAAAUAAGAUGGGCACAUACUGACAUAACAAUUCCUGACUGGACGAACUAUCGCAAGGAUAGCACCAAGAACCCAGAGGCCAAAUCAUCUAAUUCCGAAGAUUCAAGAAAAAAUUUCACAUAUUUGAUGGCUGGUGCUUUGAGUGUUGGUUCUGCUUAUGGAGCUAAAUCUGUUGUCACUCAUUUUGUUAGUUCCAUGAGUGCAUCUGCUGAUGUUUUGGCCUUGGCUAAAAUUGAGAUUAAGCUAGCCACCAUUCCUGAAGGCAAAUCAGUUACUUUCAAAUGGAGAGGUAAACCACUUUUCAUCAGGCAUAGAACAUCUUCAGAAAUUCAGUCGGAACAGUCAGUUGCAGUUUCUUCCCUUCGUGAUCCUCAACAUGAUAACGAAAGAGUCCAAAACCCAGAGUGGCUUGUUGUUUUAGGUGUGUGCACUCAUCUGGGAUGUGUGCCUAUAGCUAAUGCUGGUGAUUUUGGAGGGUACUACUGCCCUUGCCAUGGAUCACACUACGAUGCAUCUGGACGUAUUCGCAAAGGUCCAGCCCCCCUUAAUCUGGAAGUACCAGAGUAUUCCUUCCCUAGUGAAGAUCUACUUGUUGUCGGUUAAACAUUUUAAAUCAAAUGCCAAGUUGAAUUUGAUAAGCAGUUGUGUGAAGAGUAAAUCAAAUAAAACUUAAUUUAUUGGUUUUGA